UGUGAAAUGGAGAAAUACCUGGCACCUCAGCUCCCGCCCGUUCCCGUCAUCCCCGAACAUAAGAAAUACAGAAGAGACAGUGCCUCGGUUGUAGACCAGUUUUUCACUGACAGCGAAGGCUUGCCUUACAGCAUCAACAUGAACGUCUUCCUCCCCGACAUAAGCCACCUGAGAACUGGCCUGUACAAAUCCCAGCGACCCUGCGUAACCCACAUCAAGACAGAGCCGGUCGCCAUCUUCAGUCACCAGAGCGAAACUACUGCCCCUGCCCCUGCCCCCACUCAGGCCCUCCCCGAAUUUACCAGCAUCUUUAGCUCCCACCAGACUCCUGAUGUGAACAACAUUUUCAUUAAGCAAGAGCUUCCUACUCCAGACGUUCAUCUCUCUGUCACGCCCCAGCAAGGCCAGCUGUAUCAGCUCUUGAGCUCGCCGGAUUUAGACAUGCCCAACACCACCGCUCAGGCGGGCGUGAUGGACUCCCUGAACAACGUGUCCGUGCCGUCAGCCAUGGCGGGCCUUAACACGCUCUCCUCCGCUGUCCCACAGACUGCCAUGAAACAGUUCCAGGGCAUCCCCCCCUGCACCUACACCAUGCCAAACCAGUUUCUGCAGCAGCAGGCCACUUACUUCCCUCCUUCCCCCCCAAGCUCAGAGCCUGGAAGUCCAGACAGACAAGCAGAGAUGCUACAGAAUUUAACCCCUCCUCCAUCAUACGCCGCUACUAUAGCUUCCAAGCUGGCAAUUCACAACCCGAAUUUACCCGCGACUCUGCCCAUAACCCCCCAGAACAUCCAGCCGGUCAGAUACAACAGGAGAAGUAACCCAGAUUUGGAGAAGAGACGUAUCCACUACUGUGACUACCCCGGCUGCACAAAAGUUUAUACAAAGUCGUCUCAUUUAAAAGCACACCUGAGAACUCACACAGGUGAGAAGCCAUACAAGUGCACGUGGGAAGGCUGCGACUGGAGGUUCGCCCGCUCGGAUGAGCUGACGCGCCACUACCGGAAGCACACGGGGGCAAAGCCUUUCCAGUGCGCCGUCUGCAACCGCAGCUUCUCCCGCUCCGACCACCUGGCUCUCCACAUGAAGAGGCACCAGAACUGAGCGCUGGACUUCUCCACGAGGCUGUCUUGUAUCUAUGCAAUUUCCUAUUGACUCUCGGCGUACAACUAAAAUGAGUUUAAUAUUUUGAGUAUGGGUUAUCCGUUUAAAAAGAAAUCACAAGCGAAACUGGAAGUGUAUAUUUUGUAUAUUUAUGCAGAAAAAGGGAAGACACUGUAUCACAAUACCAGAGUGUUCGGUCGUUUGUUUGCUCUCAUGAUGUACAUGGCUUUAGUCAGCAGGUUUCAUCUCUUUCAAAGUAUUACAUCUUGACACAUUGCGGCUUUGUAAGUUUUUUUUUUUCUCUUGCGUUGUAUUGACCAAAGCACUGUCAUUAUUGUGACAGUGUUUAGUAAAUUAAGUAAUGAGAGGUUGCAAGUGAACGAACGCAGUGGAAAAGCCAUGAAUUGUAAUCUGUCAGGUUUUUACUGGACCUGUUUAGUACUGGUGGGUUUUUUUUAAAUGUUAAGUCGUUCUGUGGAGAAAAAGUACAUAAAAACACAGCCAUAGAACAAAACAUUUUGUUCUCUAUGUUGCAUGUCUGCUAUGACAAAGAUUUUGUAAAUAUGCAGAUCAGCUUUUUAGGUUUAAUACAAAAGAUUUCUAAGGAUCAUCUGAAAAA